UACAUUCGGCUGGACCCCAGCUCGAGUCUGCUCCGCGAGUCGCGCGUUUCGUCUCGUUCGAAUCAAAUCGUACCUGUUCGCUCGCCAUGAACCGAUCGACGAAAACCCCAUCGCCGAGCACCGUCGCACCGUCAACGAGAACGCGAAUUCAACCAACAUCGAAUUUCCAGCGAGCAUCCAGAAGAGCCUAAGCUCGAUUGCCACCAGGAAUUCAGAGGUUUCUCGAUCGGAUCGAGGUGACCGUGUGAUAUAUAGAUCGUCGAAGUGUACUUCACCGAGAUGCCGCGUUGAAGUUCGCCGGUGCCGUGACAGCGUCGGUUUCGCUUUGAACUUCGCGUACUUCGGACUGGUAUCGGUUAGCCGCGCGAUCGGCGAACUUCUUGAGAGGUUUCGGAUCGUGGCAGGAAUCUGCGAUGAAGGAUCGGGGGACCCGGGGCUGAGGAUCGAUGGUGGACGAUUUCGUCGGACGGUGAGCACGUGGCUGAAGGAUGCGCGUCGCCGCGGUGUUUCUCGCGACAACACGUUUCCCGCGGGCGUGACCGGGCCCAGGACGUUGAUAGACUGUGCCAGGAAACCGUAAACCAGCAGCACCAUGGUACACGCUACGGGAAAAGCAUCGGCCGGCUGCGUGGCUACUCCGAACUGAAGGAUCGAGACAUGACCGCCAGGGGAGAAAGGUGAUGCGUCGGAACAACUGUUGGCUGGCCAUCCUGGCCGUUUCGACGGCGCUGCCAAUUCUGCGUCACGGUUCGGCUCGGGAGCGAGUGCCGGUCGUUUAUGGCAGCCAGAUAGACCGCAGCAAGUCAGCGUAUCAUGCUAAUCGAGGAUCGUUACAUAGCACCGGUGCCGUCGACGAAACAGACGCAAUAUAUCGCGACGAAACAACCGCUGGACCCGUGUCGUACAUAUCGGGAAGCAACGAGCCCAAUUCUCUUAGUAAAAACGAUCGUCAGACAGGCUGGAUAACCAGCAGUAGUCCCGAUAUAACCUGGCAGAGCACUGGACAUGCGAAUCUGGUCGAUCGUGUCAACGAGAAUCGAGAAAAUGCAGAGUCAUACAGGGAAGCUGGGAAGCCUGUCGACACCAGCUCCAAAGAGCAUUCUACGGGAUCGAUCGACUCCGUGGCGUUACAGGAUCGAUCGCAGACGGCGAACGGAUCGCUAGCUGGCAUCGAUAAGACCCAGGAACCGGUCAGCAGGUCACAAGUUUCGGGAGAGCGACGUUUAUCCUGGAUCUAUCGCGGAAAGGUGAACGUAUCGCCUGGGACGAUCGACGACGUGAUACACAAAGAUCGUGAGACCGUAAGGGAAACGUCGGCGAUUCCCAAAGGAAGAAGAGGGAUCCACAUCGGAGGGAGGGAUCGACAAGCAUUCCGUGGUCGCACGACCCAGUCGCAUCGGGGUCGUGGGUAUUACAGUCACGUAGAAAGCAGUUCCCGCGAUGAUGACACCGUGACGAGGUCCCGGGGUGAUGGCGAAACGAGAACCGGUUUCGAAAAUUCGCCAGAAGAUCGUGAAUCCCCCGAUCGGGUUACUGGAAAUACUUUCAAUGGAGUCGAUAUUGGAUUCGAAGGUCCUGGGGUCACAGCACGAUCUAGGGAAGACUCUGGUAGUAGAUAUGCAAUAGGCAAUGCGGAUCGUUUUGGGAGACAUGUGUCGAUAGGUAGUGGAGUGAUUCAGACUGCUCGGGGCAAGAUUGGGGGAUCACUUCGUGGAGGUGUUGAGAGGAUUAGGAAGAAGCUGGAUGAACAGCAUAGGGGGGACAGUUUGAGAAGAGAUGGUGAUCUGGUGUAUGCAGAGUCUAGAAAGAAGGUUGAUAUUGAGGAACUUGGUUCCAUGGAAUUGAAGACGGAAGAAACUGACAUGUUUGCGAAGUCUAGAAAGAAGCUAGAUGUUGAUCAUCAUGGUCCAGACUCAUUGAGAUCGAAGGCAAAAGAAGCUAAUGUGUUUUCAAUGGCUAGAAAGAAAUUGUAUAUCGAUGAUCAUGGUUCAGCUUCUUUAAAAUCGGGUGAAGACGAAACUGAUGUCUUUUCGAAGUCUAAGAAGAAGCUAGAUGCUGAUCACCGUGGUUCAGAGUUCUUCAGACAAUUGAAUAAAGAAACUGAAGUGUCUGCAAAGUCUGCGAAGAGGCUAAAUAUUCAUCAACAAGUGUCGGGCAUUUUUCGAUCGAAGAAGAAAGAAGCUCGAGUAUUUUCGAAGUCUAGGAAAAAGCUAAAAGAUGAUGGACAGGGUUCAGAUUUUUCGGAUUCCAGGAAAAGUAAAGCCACGUUUACACAAACGAAGAAGAUAGUUGAUCAGCAUCGGGACAUAGAUUUGCGAGGACCUGCUAAAGCAGAGGUUAAAACAUUUCAGGAGUCCAAAAAUAAUGUCGCGAAGAAUGAACCGCAGUUUUCGGAGCUUUUGAUCACUGCUGAGGCAGAAGAUCGGAACCUGAAGGAGCAGCCGCAGGUCUUGGCACAUUCGAGAUCUACAGAAGAAGAGAAAGAAGCAAAAAUGUCCGACAACAAGGUAGACAUCGAUUAUCAACAGCGCUUCUUAAAUGUUAGAGGAUCCAGAGAAAACUCCGAAGAGCAGAAUUUAGAAGAGAAAUUACUCUCACAUUUCGCGACGUCCUCGACAGAAUACGUUGAAGCACCUGAACACCUUGAACGAAAGUACGAAGUUGAUCAUCCACAGUUUGAUCCUCUCGUAAAUCCUCCAGUCGAUCGAAAAAUCGCGAACCAGCUUCGACCAUUAUAUCUUUGGAGACCAAGAACCAGAGACGACAGAUCACUCUACAGCCUGCUGACAGGAAAGCGUCGCGAUCGCAGGAAUGCGGAAACCUCUCAACAAAGUGGCUCGACCGUGGAUCCCGACGAAACCGGAAUAAAUCCUGCGGAAUCUCGGUCGCCGUUUGAGCAAGGAUCCGCGAACCGCAGUCCCGUGAGACGAGAAGACGAAGAGGAUGUUUUCGAGUCUUGUAAAUCUGCGGCGCCGGUGACGGGACGAGCGACGGUGUCCAGUGUCUCGCCGGAACAAAGAUCGACGGUAAACAACGGGGUUCGCGAUGACAAUGGCGAGCCUUGUACGACGGCACCCAUCCCGGCUGAUCCUGGAACGAGCCCCGACUUCCGUUUCGCUUCCGAUCGUCCUUCGAACAGCUGGAAAAACGAGGAAUUCGACGCGGCCGAUCCGUCUGGCAAAGGAUUCCACGGUUUAGGUGUUGCUAAUGAGUUUCUUGCCCCGCCUACGACGACAGCGGGAACUCCGAGCAACUCGGCGGCGAGUUUAAAGGACACACAGCUCGAGAAUGCGGCGUUAAUCGCGCCAGCUGCUGAAUCAGAGGAUCGAACAGAUACGCGGCGAGCUGCUAACGAGGAUUUGAGGGUUGCGGCCGUGGCUGCUGGUAAUGGGGACUUUGACGGGAUAGAUUGCGCGGAGAAAAAUGUGAAGUUGAGUGGAUCGAACGACCGUGAUAAGGAUAGUCGAGAGCCGGGAACAGAUAGAUCCAAUUAUACUGCCAAUGAGAGUCGGGAAGAUCGACGAGACGGGGCGAGACGGGACGAAGAGUGUUCCGGUGAGAAUCAGAGAAAUGAUUAUAUGCCUGCUGAUGGGUCAGACGAUUUAAAGUUUAACGAACGGGGUCGGGGAGAUAAGGGUAAUGUCCAGAUGGCUAGGGCCACCGAUUCUGGGAGUUAUGAUAUGAACAGGGAGGAUCAUGGCUACGGGAAGAGUGCCGAGGAACGAUUUAGUGAAGGACGAUUCAGUGAGGGACGAUUUAGUGAGGAUUAUGGGCGUGAUCGUGUGGAUGAUGGGCAAUUGAGUGGGAGAAGUGACGGUGCGAGGGAUCGUUACAGUGUGUCAAACGGUGGACCAGGUUUUUCAAUGGGUGACAGGGAAGUUGGUGACGUAGCACGGAAGUUCGAUUAUAGCAGGAAUCGUGGGGACAAUGGUGAGUUCAGUGGACGAAGUGAAAACAAUGUUGGUGGACAAGGGAACGUUCGCAGGAAUAAUCAGAGUAUGUUGAAUGAAGGACUCGUUCGUUUAACAGGUGAUAACGAAGAGAACGGUGUUCAAGUCGAAGAAUUACGUGAUGGGAAUGAUCACGAGGAUAGCGAGAAUUUUAGUCGGACAGGUGACAUUCAGAAGACGAACCAGGUCGUAUCGAAUAAAGAAUCUCUACAUUCAACGAACCACAAUCAAGUAUUAAAUAAUGAAAUGAAUCGCAAGGAUGAUGGUGACUCGAGCAAUCAAAAUAAUAGCGACAAGGAGAAUCAAAGUGCAUCGAAUGGUGAACCUAUUUACUCAUUAAAUCAUAACAAAGAAACAGGCGUCUUAGCUGAAAAAUUACAUCUCGAGCGUGACCGUGCAAAUAACGUACAAUCGAAUAUGCGGAAUAACAUCGACAAGAAUACCCGGACUGUUUCGAACAAUGGACCAGUAGGCUCGACGAAUCACAACAAACGAAACAGCACUAACGCCGAGCAAUCAACCCGCCGGAUCAAUCGCACAUACGCGGACGAAACCGUCAUCACGAAGCCAAACCAAAGUACAUCAAACAGCAGUCCAGUAAAUUUACCAACUCCCACUAAAGAAACAGUCGUCGAAUCAACUAGACCAUCACAAUCGCCUAAAUACCAGCAGAACGAGACCGUAAACGAAACUUUGGCGCACCGCACAGUCUCGGCUAACACAGGAUCGAUCUCCGCAACCGUCGAUUCAAAGGAUGAUCGAGCCCCGCGAACGAUAAACGUCUCCUGUCCCUUGACCAACGAUACAACUAAUAAAACUAACGACGCAGCAGAUAAAGAAGCUCGAGAGGAACGGAAGCACGCCGAUAAGAAGGCUAAAAAGGAGCCGGCGGUGGCAUCACCGAUGAAAAGAUCGACGUCGAAGGGCGCAACAAAGGAGUCUGGGAACGCUCCCACGGAUUCCGAGCGUGGCAGGCAGGCGAUCGGGCGAAAUUCCGCGUACCCGAAGAGCGAUAUGAACACUGCCGACGUGGAAAGAGAGAGCCGGAUCCCCGGGAAGAACGACGAAACAGCCGGCGAUCGAUUGGCACGGCGAAAGCCAGCGAAAGGAUAUCCGAGGAAUUCGAACAACUCCGAAAAUCCGGAGUACCAGCCUACGGAGGCCAUAAUUAAUCCCGAGGUUAACGAGACCGUCUCGAGAGCGACGUUCGGCUCCUCGAAAAUCGCAGCAAAAGAAGCAAAAGAAGCAAAAUCGAUCUCGUUAGGGCCGAAUUAUCAGCAGGGUUUCGACGAGAAAGUUAAUGAGCAGCGGAUUGACGGCUUGGCAAUUGUUUCCGAAGGGCCUGGGUCUUUGAAGCAAAACAGAGAAUCGAUGCCCGAUGACGAACCGGACGCUGAUCUUCUCAGGACGAAAGGACUUCGAAAGGAAAAGAGAUCGAGAUCUUCAAAAAAUUUCGAACAGAGUUCAACAACUUUACCGAAUAGCGUUGACUCCUUAUCAGCUGAUGCAUCCUCCAAGAUCAGUUCCGACGACAUCUCGAGACCAACUUCGUCGGGGACUACAGAAGAUCAAUCAGCCAUUACCAGCGAAAUCUACGAACCAGUGACUUCGUGGAUCGAAGACCCAGUGACAUCGGCAGACGGUCAGGAUCUCGAAAACUCCCUCGAGCCUUUAAAAUCCGUGGCAAAGGGAGCAAAGGGAGUCGAAUCGACCUCGUUAAAGCCGGAUUAUCGGCCAGGUUUGAACGACGAAUUUAAUGAACGACGGGUAGUCUCGCUAAUUGCGUCCGAAGGAUUUGGAUCUUUGUAUCGAAACAGUGGAUCCAUGCCGGUUGACGAACCGGUCGCUGACGUUCCCGAAAUGCAAAGACUCCGAAAGGAGAAGAGAUCGAAGCCUUCAAAAAAUUUCGAUCCGAGUUCGACAGCUUUACCGAAUAGCACUGACAUCUUAUCAGCUGUUGCAUCCUCCAAGAUCAGCCCCGUUGAUAUCGCAAGGCCAACUACGUCGGGCUCUACAGGAGAUCGAUCGGUCGUUCCGAGCGAGAGCUAUGAACCCGUGACUUCGUGGAGCGAGCAAUCUAGCCCAGUGUUCUGGACAGACAGCAGCCAGAAUCCAGAAAUCUCGCCGGCGUCUUUGAGCAACGAGGAGCUGGAUCGCUCGUCGGAGCUUGACUCCACGGUUGCCAGCUUAGAGACCGAGGACGACGUUCGUUUGAGCCUGUACGACGAGCUAGCAGGAUCCGAUAACGCUUCGUCACACGACUUGGAACGCCGAAAUUGGCCGGUGAAACACAGCGCGGUUGUGGAGGGCGAUCUCGUGUUGGGCGGUCUGAUGAUGGUGCACGAGAGAGAAGACUCCAUCACCUGUGGCCCUGUGAUGCCGCAAGGUGGAGUGCAAGCUUUGGAAGCUAUGCUGUACACCCUGGACUGGUUGAACGACCAAGACUUUGUGCCUGGCGUGAAAAUCGGUGCACACAUUCUCGACGACUGCGACAAGGACACCUACGGGUUAGAAAUGGCUGUGGACUUCAUCAAAGCGUGUACCACUUUUGGAAAGCAUGCUGGUAGCGUGGACGGGAAUGCUGGUUUGAGCGAUGAGUCGUCACAAAGUGUAUUAGCUUUGGGGCGGAUACCGUUGCCGAAGCUGAUGGAUUGCAACGCGAUGUAG